AUGCCGGGAGAGGCUGGAUCCUCACCAGGAGGCGGCGGCGGAGGCCAGGCUUCUCGCGGACGCGGCAAUCGCAACAGAGGACGAGGUGACCGCGCCGGUCAGAGUAGUAACCGCGGAGGUGGUGGCCGACGUGGGCGUGGAGGCAACCGUGGAGGCGCCAAACAGGACGACCUCCCCGCCGAGCCCGCCGCGCAAGAUGUCGCUCUUGCGGCUCGUGCUGCCAAGGAAGAGGCCAGCGCCAACAGCAUCGCGGCCCCAGCCCACCAGGCGACGCAGAAACCUGACGACGACGACGACGAAGCCGAGGAGGUGUGCUUCAUCUGUGCCAAUCCUGUGGCGCACCACUCCAUUGCUCCCUGCAACCACAAGACCUGCCAUAUCUGCGGUCUGCGAAUGAGAGCGCUCUACAAGACCAAGGACUGUGCUCACUGCCGAACCGAAGCUCCAUAUGUCAUCUUCACAGACGACGCUGAAAAGAAGUUUGAAGACUACAAACCCACCGACCUCACCAGCAUCGACACCAACAUUGGCAUCAAGUACACCAACGAGGACAUUGUCGGCGAUACGGUGCUUCUACUCCGGUACAACUGCCCCGACGCCUCGUGCGACUUUGCCGGCCUCGGCUGGGUCGAUCUCCACCGCCACGUCAAGUCGACGCAUAAGAAGCGUAUGUGCGACUUGUGCACGCGCAACAAGAAGGUGUUUACCCACGAACACGAGCUCUUCACCGAUCGCGAGCUCGAAAAGCACAUGCGCCGCGGCGACGACAAGCCCGGCGCCGCCGACCAGACCGGCUUCAAGGGCCACCCGCUCUGCGGCUUCUGUGGCGAGCGCUUCUACGACGACGACAAGCUCUACGAGCACUGCCGCAUGAAGCACGAGCGCUGCUUCCUCUGCGACCGCCGCGAUUCACGCAAGCCCCACUACUUUGUGGACUACAAUGCGCUUGAGCAGCACUUUAAAAAGGACCACUACUUCUGCAAUGAUAGGGAAUGCAUGGAGAAGAAGUUUGUCGUCUUCGAAUCCAACAUGGACCUGCAGGGCCACAACUUGGCCGAACACGCUGGCGGCAAGACGGUCGGACGCGAUGCAAGAGUGGUGGACAUGGCGGGCUUUGACCUGCGGCAGCCGUAUCAGGAGGAACGACGCGGUGGCAGAGACGGCGGCGGCGGCGGGAGGGGACGGGGUCGUGGACGGGGUAGAGACCCAAACGAAGACUCAUUCCAGCCUGUGCCUGCGCAGGGUCUCCGUCGAGACGAGAUUGCCUACCAGCGACAAAUGGCUAUCCACUCGGCUCAAUCGGUAUCCCAGCGCACAUUCGGCGGCCAGCUGUCAGCCCCUGCCCCGGCAGCGACCACCGCCGGCCGUGGCGGUGCCUCCCCACGUAACGGUAGCUCCUCCAACACCCCGCGCGUCGGUCCCGCGACCGGCGCCAGCCUCGCCGAUCCCAUGGACAUGCUUUCGCUCACCGACACAGCCAACAUGACGCCAGAGGAGCGCGCGCGGCUCGUCCGGCACAAUUCUGUCAUUGAGCGCGCCGCCAACCUCCUCGGAAAUGACACCACCAAGCUCGCCAGUUUUCGUCAGCACGUUUCCGCGUACCAGCGCGGCGCGCUUACAGCAACGCAGCUCAUUGACGCCCUCUUCACGCUCUUUGUCGACGUGUCGUCCAACGCGCUCGGCACUAUGACGCGUGAGGUUGCGGACCUCUUUGAGAGCAAGGCCAAGGCCGACAGUCUCCGCAAGGCUUGGCAGGACUGGCGCGCCAUCAACGAGGACUACCCGAGCCUGCCAGGCCUUGGCGGCAUGGAGGGCGAGACGUCGGACUCGAGCGGAUGGGCGCAGGCGGCGGCGGCCAACCCGGGGGUACCGCACGGCGCGCCUGCGCAGAAGCAUUCUAAUCGCGUGCUCAAGCUCAAGAAUAGUACCCGCCUCGGCGGGCCGGCGCCCGUGACGCGUACGGGGCCGCCGGGAUGGACGCCGGCAGCGGCCACGUCCCGUGCACCGGCUGCCUCGUUGUUCCCGUCGCUCGCUGCGUCGGCCGCGUCCAAGUCGCGCGGCGACGGUGGCAGUAACGUGGCAUCCUCCUCUUCCUCACGCCCGUCCUGGGUCUCGGCCUCGUCGUCGGCGGCGGCGCAGCGGGCGAGCACGCGCGGCGGGAGCGAAGACAACUUCCCCGCUCUACCAGCGGCGCCGAAGCCGACGACGACCAUUUUUGGCUAUGGUGGGGGACGCGGCGUGCGUCGCGACUAUGGCCACGCCGAGUCCAACUUCCAAUGGGGCGGCGGAGGCUCGUCCGCGGACGCGACACCAGCAGAAGCGGCAGAGGCGGAGGACGGCAAAGGGAAAAAGGGAAAGAAGGGCAAAAAGGUCCUCGUGUCAUGGGGAUAG